GUAGCCUUUAACAGUCAGCCACGCCCCCCGGAUUGCUGCAGAGACGUUGCAUGUACGGAGGAUUUAACCGGCUCCGGGAUUGUUACCUACUCCCUGCCCAGGAGCCGCUCACCUCCCACCAUCCCGCCGCCGCCCAGUGCAGAGCCCGGGGCCUGUGCCCGCCACCCGGGGAGCCCCCUCCGGGGACAGCCAGGAUGGUGUCCUGGAUCAUCUCCAGACUGGUGGUGUUGCUGUUUGGCACUUUAUAUCCAGCUUACUCAUCAUACAAAGCUGUCAAGACAAAAAAUGUGAAAGAAUAUGUAAAAUGGAUGAUGUACUGGAUUGUGUUUGCCUUUUUUACAACUGCAGAAACCUUAACUGAUAUUAUCCUCUGUUGGUUUCCUUUUUAUUUUGAGUUAAAAAUUGCAUUUGUGAUUUGGCUCCUUUCACCGUACACUAAAGGAUCUAGUGUACUUUAUAGGAAAUUUGUCCAUCCAACACUCUCCAGUAAAGAAAAGGAAAUUGAUGAGUACAUAGCUCAAGCAAGGGACAAGAGCUAUGAAACAAUGAUGCGUGUUGGUAAAAGAGGCUUGAACCUUGCUGCAAAUGCUGCUGUAACUGCAGCUACUAAGGGUCAGGGCGUAUUAUCAGAGAAGUUGCGGAGUUUCAGCAUGCAGGACCUGACUCUGAUACAAGGUGAUGACGCUCUGCACUCGCAGAGCCCCGAGCCUCGGUUACGCAGCGCUUCCAGUGGACUGGUGGAAACCGUUGUGGAUCCAGCCCCAUCCACUUGGCUAGUUUCUGAGGAACAAAGACACAGUGUGAAGUCCGAUGGAGAACAGGCAGAGGUUAAAACCGAACAGUCAGAUGAAGAUGUCGUGGACAAAGCACCAAAACGUACAGGAAGUGUCAAAAGUGUCAAAAAAGUUACAAAAGUGGAGACACAGCCCAAGAAUGUAAAGGUGCGCCCUAAGAAGAAAGCUACAGGAACCACUGUGCCUGGAGAGUCCGCAUGAAGACAUGCCUUUCUGUACGGAAUUUCCUUUACACGCUGCUCAUUUGAAACUCUAUGGAUGACUUUGUGCUUCAGUAGGGUCAACUACUACUUUUAGGAUCUCUCCAAAUCUGGGGAACAGUAUUUGCAAGAAAAUAUGUUUAAUAAAAUUAUAUAAUUAGAUAUUAUAUUGUGCCACACUGAGAUGUGAUGUACCAGUUGGGCAGAGAUCCACUAGGCUCACCUACUAGUAGAAACAAAACUCGUACUUCUCAAUGGACAGGAACCUAUGUUUGAAAAAAAAAAAAAAAAAACUUAUAGUAAUAAUGAAAAAGAACGGGGAUGAACAGCUGUGUCUGAAGUGUCUGUCAGGCUGGUGAUGAACUACUGUCAGUGAGAUUUGUUAUAUGAGAUAAGACUAUUGGUUGUCCUUUACAGUGACCUCAUUUGUGCAAGUAGUAUGUAUUUACAAUUUGGUUGUUUUUUUUAUUUAUUGCUUUCUUUUUUAAAUCUAGAUAUGACAGCAGUUUUUUUAUCAACACUUUCAUGAACUGUAUUCUUUUAGUGUGCUCAUACACAGACUAGAAUAGAUAGGGAGUAGGAAAACUAUGGCAAUCACAUAUACUGUAUAACAGUACACACUCAUUUCUAUAUAGUUGGCUAUGAACUGUUGUACUGUUUUCUUACAUGCUGAAGUGUAAGUGGCUAUAUUACAUACUAAAUAAGAGCUAUUAUGCAUUAAAAAUGUCUAAAGGAAAUUUGUUUUUGAGGUAGUUCAUAAUGAAAGUAAUUAAGUGCAAGUAAUUGUGGCAACUGACCAGGUGAUCACAGUGCCAUGCGUAAGGCUAUGUUACCAUCCAUGUUCUAGGCUACAUGGCUGAGUCACGGCUUUUGUGGGAAUACUUUUCCCGGCCAGAGUCUCCCAUUGUGGCUAUGAUAGAGCCGACGUACGUUUUGCUAAGAUGCUCAGCAGUCAGAGAGGAUGGCAGAAGGAAGAGCAACAGUCGUGUGCCCAGUAAUACAGUAUACCAGCUGGGUUUGGAGAGCUACUAUUACUGUUUUAAGCAGAUGGGAAUUUAUGGAUAUGGCUGGAAGAAAAUCAGUGUAACACGCAUGUAAAUCUUAAACUUAGAUUAGACUGUUUUUUAAAAUAUGAAGAAAAAAUGGUUUCAGGAUGUGCAUAGGCUUAGAAGGGGGGAUUGUUCAUAGUUUGUUCACUGACUGUUCUGCAUAAUCUGCAGAUACCCGUAUUUCCCAGAAAUCUGUGGGAGCAGAAGAAAGGACAAAACUUGAAAAGCUUUUACCUUGUUCAUGACAGCUUGCUAGUACUGGGUUAUUCAGUCAAUUUAAAGUUUACAUUCUUUUGAUACUAUAUAUUAUACUGUAUAUAACACAGCCUGCACCACAUUGACUUGUACACCGCUUGCUAUAAUGCUGCCUACACAGUAAAAUCACUUCUGUAAAAGUGCAGCAACACAACAUUCUUUGGAGUAGUCACUAGUCUUGUUAUUUAAUUGAUAACACAACUGUUCAGCCUGGUCACAAUAGCAUACACACCAACUAGUGAUUCAUCUAUAGCUACAGCAUUAGCAUUUAAGGGGCGGUACUUUGAGUAAAGCUGGGAAUGCACUAUACAAUUAUCUGGCAGAUCAUCUGACAGAUCUGGCUG